AUGGGCGCCAAACGGAAAUCUGUCGACCACGACAGCAGACCGCAGAAGAAGGCCAAGCAGGACACUGGCAAGAAGUUCGAAAAGCCAGCCCUCAUAUUCGAAGCGCGACCCGACUGGCACGCCGCCCAAUUACCCUCAGUUGAGACGAAAGACGUGAAGACUCUCCCACCGCAGCGAUCGAUCGACGAGCUGUAUCGAUAUGCGACGGCCCUUCUCGACGAGGAGAAUAAAUCCUACAAUGACUCUCAUCUCUCCGGCUCUGCACAGCACAAAUUCUUGUCGACGAUUAUGUCCUCUGGAACGCUCGAAGAUAAAGUUUCCGCCCUGACCUUGCUUGUACAAGAGUCGCCGCUGCAUACCAUGAAAGCAUUCGAGAAUCUCUUAGGGUUGGCGAAGAAAAAGAGCAGGAAUCAAGCGCUCAUGGCUGUGGCUGCGCUGAAAGACUUGUUGGGCCAAGGUGUGGUACUACCAGAUCGGAAACUGCGUGCGUUUGGCAAGCAGACCAUCCUUCUGGGCGCUCUGCAAGGAAAAGCUGGGAAUUGGACAUCCGGCGACGCUCUUCCUGGCGGACUGGCAAAGAUUCACAUGGUUGUCUGGGCAUUCGAGGAUUGGCUAAAGAAGAAGUACUUCGAGCUUCUGCAGACUCUAGAGGCUUGGUGCAACGACGAAAUUGAAUACUCGAGAAGCAGAGCGAUAACAUACGUGUGGGAGCUGCUCAAGGACAAGCCUGAACAGGAGGAGAAUCUCUUGCGGCUACUGGUCAACAAAUUAGGCGACACCGAUCGAAAGAUUGCAUCCCGAGCAUCAUACCUGCUUCUACAACUUGAAGAAUCUCAUCCUGCGAUGAAGAUCAUAAUUACGAACAGUGUGGAAUCAGACUGCCUGUUCAGACCUGGACAAAGCAACCACGCCAAAUACUAUGCGAUCAUCACAUUGAAUCAGACUAUCCUGUCGCAGAAGGACCAAGUGCUUGCCAACCGAUUACUGGACAUUUAUUUCAGCCUCUUCGUUCAGCUUCUGAGGCCCAACGAGAAGAUCGAGUCUGUUGACCGCCCGGCCAAACCGAUGCCAGCGCAGCGAACUCAAGGGGGUGGAGGCAAAGCAGGGAAAAUGGCGGCAAAGAAGAGGAAAGCUGAAGAGCGUGACGAGGAAGCUGUGGUGCAGUUACACGACAAGAUGAUUGCUCAAGUGCUGGCCGGCGUCAAUCGUGCGUUUCCAUAUGCUGACACGGACGAUCCAACGUUUGAGAAACAGCUCGACACCAUCUUCAGGGUGGCACAUUCUGCCAACUUCAACACUAUCAUCCAGGCCCUCAUGCUCCUACAGCAAAUAUCGUCGCGGAAGCACUUUGGCGCAGAGAGAUUCUACCGGACAUUGUACGAGUCACUGCUGGAUCCGCGUCUGUUCACAUCCAGCAAGCAAGUCAUGUACCUGAACUUGUUGUACAAGAGCUUGAAGGCGGAUCUUAACGCGAAACGUGUGCAAGCUUUCGUCAAGCGACUACUUCAAAUCAUCACAAUGCACGAACCACCAUUCGCGUGCGGAGUACUCUACUUGAUCAGCGAGUUGGAGAGCUCCUUCCCAAGCAUUCGGAACAUGCUGAAAGAAGCCGAAGUCAAUGAGGAAGAUGAGGAAGAGCACUUUGUGGAUGUGCCUGAGGACGGCGAGUCGACGACGAAUGUCCAACAACCUGACAAACGCAGAUCAUCAUACGACCCCAGGAAACGAGAGCCCGAGUACGCCCAUGCUGAGCGUACAUGCCUUUGGGAGAUACUGCCCCUCCUGCAGCACUUCCAUCCCUCGGUGGGUUUGUUCGCAGAAGCUGUCUACGGCACGAAAGAGAUGCCGCCCAAGCCAGAUCCGACACAACAUACCCUUAUGCACUUCCUGGACCGCUUCGUCUACCGCAACCCAAGCACCAAACCGGUCAAGACGCACGGAAGCUCCAUCAUGCAGCCUCUUGCAGGUAGCAGCGCUGCGGAUCUGCUCGUUAAGCCCCGUGCAGGUGGUGCUCGAAGCGCACCUCUUAACACGGAGCAAUUUUGGGCGAGGAAGGUCGAAAAUGUGGCAGCUGAUGAGGUAUUCUUCCACAACUACUUCAACGCCGCUGGCAACCAGAAGAAGAAGGCUGCAGAUAAGAAAGAGAAGAAGGCACGCGGGGAAGACGAAGACAGCGAAGAGGAGGCUGAGCAGGAGAUCUGGCAAGCCAUCGCCGCCUCGAGACCAGAAGUCGAGGGCCCAGAAUCAGAUGAUGAUCUCAGCAUGGGUGACUUGGAGAGCGCAUACGAUCGCAGCGAUGACGACGAAUCAGAAGCUGGAAUCGAUCUUGGUGGCGGUGAAGGCGAUGACGAUGGAGAGGAUGCGUUUGGUGACCUCGACGGACUGGACGACAACGACGCUGACGAGAUGGAUGAGCUUCCGGAGCUCGAGAGCGACGAGGAUGCAAUGCUGGGUGAUGAAGAUGAAGUGGCUGUUGAGGAGUCCGACGACGAGGAGGAAGAGGAGGUGGAGGAGAGCAACGCCGCACGCAACAAGAAGAAACGCAAAGAGAAGAAGAAGCUCAAGUCGCUCCCGACAUUUGCAUCUGCCGAGGAUUACGCCAAGUUAUUGGACAAUGAGCCCGACAAUGUAUAG